AUGUGGAAGCAAACUCUGUUGAUUCGACUCUUCCUCUUCCUUUUGGUAGUUCCUUGGUUUGUUUUUCCUUUGCAUCUGAAUUUCAAGAUCCAAUCGAAGCUGUGAUUACCGGUAGCGUCUUGUGUAGUCUUUUUCUAGGUUUUGUUGAAUCGUGAAGUUGUUUUUUCUGCUGGAUCUUGAAUGGCUGAGAAGAAAGAAUUAGGGUUACCAAAGCCUAGUAUUAAUUUGAAAGAGCAGUUAGCAAGAACUACUCUGAAGAAUUUGAGGUUACAAGGGCAUACUUACAUUGAGUUACGUGAGGAUGGGAAACGUUUUGUAUUCUUCUGCACUUUGUGUCUUGCUCCUUGCUACAGCGACACAAUCUUGCUUGGACACUUGAAUGGAAACCUUCACAAGGAGAGAUUGGCAUGUGCUAGGCUCACACUUCUUGGAACGAAUCCUUGGCCUUUCAGUGAUGGUGUCCUUUUCUUUGAUACUUCAACUGGAGAAGAAGAAGAGAAAACUCCUGUUUCUGGUGGUGUAGGUGUUCCAUGUGCGUUGGAGCAUUGUAGUGAUGAUGAAAGAUUUGCUAUUGUCAAGUAUGAUAACAACAAAAAAAAUGGAGAUAACCAGCCUGCUGCAGUUACUGAUGAUGAACCUAGUCACUCUACAGAUGAUCUGCUAAUUUCUGGUGUGCUGAUCAAGGAGAGAACUCUUGAUGUUGAAGCAAAGUUCAUUGGUUUUGGCCGAAUAGCUGCCAGGUUGUUUGAAACGAAAGGACGCACUACUUGGAUUGAUAAACUCUGGUGCGAGUGGUUAGGAGACGAGGGUCCUUCAGAUGAGGAGAAGGCUACGAUCCCAGAGCAUGACUUUGCCAUUGUCACAUUCUCCUACUUCUACAAUUUGGGUAGGCUGGGUUUGCUCGAUGAUCCGAGCCGUCUUCUCACAUCUAGUCAGUCAGAAUCAGGGAACGGUGAGGACAGUGGCAGGAAGAGAAAGAAGUCUUUCUCGGAUCCAGAGGACACUAGUGAAUCUCUGUGUAAUCAGUAUGACUCUUCUGAGGAGGUUUCUUCAGGUCAUAAUUCAAACUCUUCAAGAGCUCUAAUAGCUGAUUAUGAUGAUAGUCUCAUGAGCAAAAGAGUCGUGAAGAACAAAACGGUAAGACGGGAGCUGAGGAAGCAACAACGGAUAUUUUCUGAAAGAAUAUGUGAAGUCUGUAAACAAAAGAUGCUUCCAGGGAAAGAUGCGGCAGCAAUACUAAACAUGAAGACAGGAAAUCUUGCGUGUGGCAGCAGAAACCUCCUGGGGGCGUUUCAUCUAUUUCACGUGUCAUGUGUCGUACACUGGUUUCUCUUCUGCGAGAGUGAAAUACUUGGGAACAAGAUGGUGAGUGGAAAAGGAAAAAAGAGAUGCACAAAGCAUACUGGUCAGACUGGUGUGAAGUGGAAUGAAUUGGCAAACGAUGUGAGCUGGCAAAUAUUUUCAGUGUUCUGUCCAGAAUGCCAAGGCACUGGCAUAAAUAUCGAAGGAGGUGUGAUUGAGAGAGACACGUUUCCACUUUCUCAGACAUGGAGGUUCCAGGUGAAAGUGAGUGAAGGCAGAAAAGCAUGGGUGAAAAAUCCGGAGAGAUUGAAGAAUUGCUCAACAGGUUUUCACUUUCCGCAGCAGGCUGAUGAGUCGGGUCAGAUUCCGGUUCAGGAGGAGAGGGUGCAGAUGAUGAAACUGGUUCGUUUCUACCGAGUGGAGUUGUAAUGUAGGAAACAAACUCAUUUCCUCCUGUAUGUAAAUAAGGGCUUCGUCUCGCA